GCUCCCCGUAGGAUGGGCAGAGCGGAACGAAAACAGAAGUGGCGCGUGUGACGACGGGAGUGGACUCUGGAGAGGAAGGGAGAGGCGACUAGAGCCCGGGCUCUGGGCUGGAUGGCGAGAGAGAGGGAGGGACAGAGAGAGUUGGGAUUUGCUGCUACUGGUGCGAAGGCUACAACGCCUGCAACUGCUGGUCCUUGGCCGUAGCUGUGUCGGUCUGUUCGCGUCCGGUUACCGCAUGUGUUUCUGAGUGUCCUCUUCGCCAGCGUGAUCUCGCUUUCGCGUGUGUUCUCGCUGGCUCCUUCUCUGUUGUGCUCUCUCGUUGCUUCCUCUCGCUCAUCCCCGCCCUCAUUUGCGGUCGCUUUCCAUGCUGCUGGACGUCGACGGAGAUCUCAAAUUUGUCGAAUGUUUCAAUUGGCUGGGUUCUCAUAGCUUGGCUGCCGGGAAUCUGGAUCUUCAGCGCCAAGAAGAUUAAUUUUGUACUUCAUAUCCUUUGGAAUCUUGGAAAAAUUUUCGCCUGCACUGCGGGAGUAUUUGGUCGAUGAGGUGUGGAGUGUAGGUGACGCUGUUCAGUGUUUCCAACAUCUCAGAGAGAGUUCUCGGAGCAGAACAUCUUGCCGUGAAGUCUUGAUGACAUGCUUUUCACUAUCAGGGCGGGUGCUCAUGUUAUUUGCAGAAUCUGGAGUUCGGAGAAACGGGUGGACACGAAUUACAACAAGUCUAACAGAUCUUUUAUAUUACAAGCGAUUUUAUGUCGCGAGAAACAGUUUUCGUUAUUUCUGAAACAACGUCCUUGCGCAAAUAAGGACGUUCUCAACAGUUUUAAGGAAACUGAUUCACAUUUUCGAGACCAAAAUUAUUACCUUGUGAAAGUGUCAGCAUAAAUUCUCAACUAGAGGAGCCGAAACUCAUUCUUGAUCAUCAAGGGCUGCAACGAGUAUAGUGAUGGCUCAUGCUCGAGAUCUUUACAAGACAAAGCUGUGCACACUCUAUCAAAGAGGAAAUUGUCCUCGUCAAAGUUGCUCCUUCGCCCACGGAGAUGCAGAACUUCGAAGGUUUUCGGGCGGUGGUGGAUAUCUCGGACGCCAGGAAAACCAUCGGAGUGGAGACUUGUGGGAUAGAUUGGAUCGACGUAGAUCGCCUCUGCAUCGGCGACGUUCCUUGAGCAGAGAGGGCCGAGGUGGCCGUCAGAGCAACCCUUCCGGUAGAAGAUUUUCGCCUAGAGACAGAGGCAGGAGCCGCUCGAGGUCAUCACUACGACGCAGCAGAACCAGUCGAUCUGUUUCACCUGAGAAAUCUCCGUCGUAUAAAAGUGACAGGAGAGAAACAAAAAGGAUGAAGUUAGAACCAUUAGAUGUGCAUUUGAGUGACGUAUCGGAUCAUUAUGUUGGAGAUGUGAAAUUUGAGGAAGAGGACAAUGCUCGGUCAUCAGCAAGAUCUCCUUCCCCAAGUCCUAGAGACGCAAUCUACGAACAGCUGUGCCAGAUACAGCUCGAAAAUGAAGUUAUGGUUACCAACAAGUCGAAGCUUGAGAAAUAUCUCGAAAAGAUGAAAGAGGAACAAGGCGUUACAUUAGCAAAGAAUACUGAACUGGAAUCCAAGUUGAGUACUUCACAGGAGGAAAUUAGACGAUGGAAUAACAAGGUGAAGAAAUUAGUUAAGCUAUAUAUGCGCAACGUUCGCGCUCAAGAGGAGGUUAAGAAGUCACAGGCUAGAUUACAGAAGUUUGCUGAAGACCUUUCAACAGAAGAAACCCAUCGGUUAAGCACUCAUGGCGAGGAUUCGGAUUUUUAUAACCUCAGCGAUGUCGAACCCGAUCGACUAACAAAUGGUGCUAAGGCUGAGGGUAGCUUUGCUUGCCACGCUAUGGACGUGGAUACGGAAGGAAACGCUUCAGUACAAAAUGGUCCAACUGGCUUCUAUUACUCUGCUUCAGGUGCUCCAGGUGAGGCACCGGGUGACGUAGAUACCAGUCAGCUGCAUGAUAGUGUGGCUAUUGCCAAAAAAAAAAGACUUCAUGCUGUAAGAGAGAAGACACGUGCAUUAACUCGCAAUAUGCAACAAAAUGGUGGGAACAUUAGACUCAAAUCGAAUGAGGAAGAAGGUCAUCCUGAUCCCGAGAUGACCCCAGCACUUACUUCCCCGGGAGGGAGCGAGAAACCUAGCAAAGUGGACAUGUUCAUGGCUACAGAAGCUGGAGCAGGCAAAGAGAGAAUGGCUGGGGAUGACUUGUCUCUAUCACUGAGAAGCUCACCAGUAGAAAAGGUGAGACCUAUACGAUCUACACUAAUGCUCUUUGCGGUCAAAAGUCGUGAUGUAAGAUCAAGUCUGCCCUCUACAGGCUUAGCAGCUCAUGCUGGAGAUUUUCAGCAUGAUACCGAGCUUGAAGAGGAUAUGACUUAUCGCGGGAACGAGAGGGGCAGUAGAAAUCCUAAUCUGGACUUGGAGCUAGGCAAGUCUUAUCAGAUUGAUGCAGAUUGUUCUUAUAGAAUUUCUUCACCCCAAUAUCCUGUCAGUACUUUACCCUGAAGGCUGAGCAUUAUGAUCGAUGAUCAUUCCUAGGGAACCAUUAGUUCAGUCCAAUUUAGUCAGUCGUAAGUGUAGUCAGUAGCUAAUUUUAACAACUUCCUCUCCUAAAGUCUCCUAGAAGUGACAAGAUCCGCACCGAGUUCUGUCAAGCUGCAGGUGCAUGCCAAGGUGGCAAAUGAGCAAUCGACGUCCAAGACGUGAAUGAUGGACAAGAUGCCAAGGAGGACGGCGGAUCCGGUUUGAGGGCACGUGGGAAUUUGUAGCAGGCGUCAUCCAUAUGAACUUUAAGUGCACUUAGAUCGUUGACUUGCGCAAUCGUAAGUGUAAGAAAAUUGUUGUAUAAGUAGUCUGCCCUCGUCGAAUUCGCAACGCUGUGCAAGUGAUUGGCGGCCAGAUUGAUUUAUGGCAUCUGUACUACUUCAUGACUAGCGUCCUUGUGUGAACUUGUUGUCUAGAAACAUCGGACGAUCUCACUAUGUAUACAUGCUUCGUCGCCACGGACGUAUUUUAAAGGAUGCAGUUUUCUAAUGCGCCUCGUCGCUUCCCAGAUGUUGCCUUCAUGGGUAUUGUUUCCGGUCCCAUGGGUAAAAGAUGCAAAGUCAAGGCUGGACUUAGUAGGCACUCAUCGGACGUAUCGCAGCAGGAGCAUAUACUAACAGUAAAUUUUUGAAAAUAGUUCGGCACCUUGAUGUUUAGAUUGAGCUUUGUUUAUCUUUAUGUUGCUAUUUUGACGGUGUGAACGUCUGAACAAUCAGGUAUUAUCAAUAAUUUCGCUUUCUUAGUUUGCGCGUUGCAGGUGGCGUUGAUCUUCAGUGCAAAGGUGAAGUAAAUAUUACCGGCAUGAGUGAGCAUGCGCGGGCCUCAGCUACAUUUCUUUUUUCACUAAACCCUCUUACUGAUUGCAGGAAACAAGGUAGACUUGUUACAGUGUGUCACUUCAAAAAAUAAUUGAAAGAGUAGAGACGGAUAGGACGUAUUUAGUAUGUGUGUCAAGAGGUUAUGCUGCCUACAUGGCUAAGACGCAGAGACAGGCCAAAAGGAACAAUCAUAAAUGAAUAACAACUGCAGACGAUGAGA